CUAUGUUAAAUUAUCGAAAAAAAUUAAAUCAAAAUCGUUUUUAACCAUUGAGCAAAAGUACACAGUAUAAAUUUGAGAUUAGUUAAAAUUCCCAUUCGACCAAAAAAGAGCGCAAUGUCCCAGGAAAUGUCGAAAUUUUUAGGUGGAAUCCGCCGUGGCACUCCCCAAGAUCGAGCCAAGGCGAUCCGAAACAGGGGAGGAGCAGCUGGAGGAGCAACUGCCCAACCAAGCCAACCUACCCAACCACCCAGGUGGAAUCAAAGGCCACCGGUUGGCGGAGCAAGUGCAGCAGCCCCCAAGAAGACGUUGAAUAAGGCGAAACCAGGUGAGCCAAGUGGAACAGGAGCUGUUCCCAAGAGAGCAACCGGAGGUGGUCCAACUAGGGUGUUCCAAACCACGGCCACCUCCACGUUGCGUCGCCGGCAAAAUCCGCCCCCUCCGCCAAGAGUGGCCGUUCCGCGGCGCAUCAUCGAGGUCAAGUGGAUCAUGAAACCAUCGCAGAGCUUCGUGCCGGGCAGCGAAUCCUCCUCGGAGCCAGAGGUAGACUCACCACGCGGUGAGGGAGACAAGAGAACCAAGGUGCGAGCCUCGCGACUGUUCCGUGUGCCCAGCCAGCGGAUCAUGCAUGUCGAGGAGCUGAAGCAGGCGCAGCUGCAGCAGAUGCAUCCACGCAGGACCACGAGGAGCAGCCGUUCACGUAGUAGGUCAACCAGUAGGUCAACAAGUCCAAUGCCCCAUCCUUCGUCCACUAGGUAUUUCUGUAGCUGCUCCAGUCGCUCGGUAAGUCGCCAGCCAUCGGAGGAGGAGGAUCAGGAGGAGCUGAAGGAAGUGCCGCUUCAGGAUUCCAAGACUGUGACCCUGCUGCCCAGUAUCAACGAGAGUUCCUUUCCCAGCCAAAGUCCCCUCCAGAUCGCCUCGAAUUCCAAGGAUAAUCUCCCCAAGGGUUCCACUUCCAGCUCGAAUCCAUUAUCCACUCCCACCAGCAGCAGUCUCAGCAGCAGUGGAACCGAAUGCAGUGGCGAGCGACUGGUCCGAAGGACCACCACUGGUAGACUGGCCGGCAAGGCCAUCAAACUGACUUCCACGGUGAUUGAGAUCAUCAAACCGCCGACAGCUACAUCGAAAGUGAUUAAGAAAUCACCCAGAAUUCCCAGGGAGAAGAAAAAGCCACCUCGGGCCAAGAAUUUACCCAAGAUCCAUUCGGUAACGCCGCCAAAGCUUCAGGUUCCUGUUCCCCUCAGUCAGUCGGUGAAUCAUGUGGUCAAUCAACUGACGGCUCAACUAAAGGAGGCUGCGAUGAUGCAUUCCAAGGUGGAGGUUCCUUCAAAGGAUCAGGAUGUCUACCAGGCAUUUGCCACUCCAUCAAGAAAGCCCUCCAUUUAUCUGCUCAUGAAUUCGGAGGCGAAAAAUCACGCCGAGAAUCCUUCCAAAGAUGCUUGGGUCAUCCAACCAAUGGAGCAGACAAAUCGUUAUUUGAAAGAAUCGUUAUCAAAGGAUCAUCCUAGGCAGCAUUUAAAGGUGGCUCCUCCAAAGGAUCCCAGCAAGCCUCCUCCGUCGAAUAUCACAAGGAAUCCCUACAUUGAUGAGCCAAAAAUGCUAUCCAAGUUGAGGAGCCAACGAAUCAGUAGUUCAAGUGCCAGGACGCAGCCUGUUUCGCUGAACCGGAUCACCAGGCCUCCAUACGUAGUUCCAAUUACUCCAAAUCCUCCAGAGCAGCAAAAGCAACAGCAGGAGCAUCCAAAAGCCAGCAAGAUUGUCCGAAAGGCCCAGCACAAGGUGCCGCGCACCAUGGAAGAUGGCAUCGACAUGAGCUACCAGUACUUCGUAUCCAUUCCCCUCAAGCGUGGCAAGAAGCCGCAGGUGGUUCGCUAUCUCUACCGGCCGAUGGUUCGCCAACUCAAUGCACCCACUUCGCCCAAUCGACGAUCCACGCGGCGGGUGAAAAGGAAAGCAGCAGCAGCAGGAGGAGAUGACCAGCAGCAUCUAGAGGCUUCCCAAGAAAUCGAUCCUGAACUAAAAGCUCUAGGCGGAAAGCCACUGCCGCUGGUGGAAGCUCCUCCAUCACUGGAAACUGAAGAGAAUCCCGAGUACGAGGUGCCGCCGCUCAAGCUGGAGGCUCGCUUUAAGCCGCUGAUGGAGCAGCUGGCCCAGAUGCCGUUUCCCGAGGAGCGAACCAAUCGCCGUCGGCGCCGAGUAAGAGCUGCCGGCGGCGCUGAGCAGGUUCCUCCAGCGGAUCAGCAACUGGGCAACGGAGGUGGAGAUGAAAUGAGCUCCCUGGGGCGGCUAUCCUCCAUCUGGAAGUCUGGCUCGCGGCUACCCAGGCUGAUUGACUAUCAGCCGGAGGCGAAGCGUCUUAGCUCGGCGACCGGAGCAUCAAUCUCGUAUCAUACCCCCUUGCAAAUAGGAGAGGCUGAAAAGCCCUUUGUGCUACCAAAGGAUGAUGAUCCAAUGAUUCAGGCAAUAACCUAUGACGACAUCGAGCAGAGGGAUGAGCAGAAGGAUCAGAAGGAGAUGGAUCAACCGGGUGAGCAGCUGCCUCCCCUGGAGAACCUCAAAAAGGCAGUCAGUUUUCAGCCCGACGAGGUGAAGGUCAGCGAGAUUCCCGCCAGGAGCAGCAGUUCCAUCAGCUCCUCUUCCAGUGGAGCCAAGACCAAAUGCCGUCGGCCAACACAGAAGAGCAAGGCCAAGUCCAAGGGAAAGGCCAAGGGACGCAAGUGAGGGAAAGCUCUCUGGCAAUAUUAAUUUUGGAAAUUUUUAAUAAUCUUGAAAAAUUUAAAGUGAAUUGUAGCAAAGGUAUAAACCUUGAAGGUUUGAAAUAAAUUUAUAAUAUAAUUUUGGAAA